AUGGAGUGGCCUAGUUUUGUGAAAGCUUUGCUGUGGGGUUUACUUGUGUUUCUUCAAUUUCAUCAGCACAGAGGCUGCUUCCAUGAAGAGAGGAUUGCUCUGCUUGAGCUGAAGGCGUUUCUGAAAUCCAAUAUUAUUCAUGCAGAUGUUCUUCCCUCAUGGAUGGACGACGCAAAGAGUGAUUGUUGUCGUUGGGAGAGGGUCACUUAUUAUGAGAACCGUUGGUUGCUAAACGUGUCAAUGUUGGUGCCAUUGAAGGAGCUAAAAAGUCUUAAUCUAUCCGCCAAUUCAAUUGGUGGUUGCCUACCAAAUGAAGGAUUUGAGAAGAUGUCAAGCUUAAGGAAUCUGAGAAUUUUAGACCUUGGUUAUAACUACUUUGAUAAUAAUAGUAUUCUACAGUCUUUGGGUGCAGUGACAUCGCUUGAAACUUUGAUUCUUACUCAGAAUAAGUUGCAAGGAUACUUUCCUGCUCAAGAGUUAAUUGCAUUGAGAAACUUGAACAAGCUAGAUAUAAGCUGGAAUUACUAUAAUGGUUCCCUACCACUGCAAGGUUUUGAAAGGCUAGUACUACUUCCAAAGUUGGAGAUAUUGAACCUUGGUGAUAAUUCCUUUGAUUGUAGCAUUAUACCAUCUCUAAGUGGACUUGCGUCUCUUAACACAUUGAGUCUUAGACGAAAUCAUUUGGGAUGGUUCAAUACAACUACAGGUUUUGAAAGCUUGUCAAGAUUGGAGAACCUGGAGACCUUAGAUCUUAGUGCCAACAAUUUAAAUAGAAGCAUCAUAGAAUCAUUGCCUGCAAUCAAAUCCCUUAAGAAUCUGAAUCUUAAAUGGAACGAAAUAAGCGGAUCUUUUCCAAUCAAAGAAAUAUCGGCUUUUGAAAGCUUGGAGAAGUUGGAUUUAAGUGAUAAUUUUCUCAAUGGCUCCCAGACAAUCCAAGGUUCGGAAAGCUUGUCAAGAUUGGAGAAUUUAGAAACCUUAGAUCUUAGUGACAACCAUUUCGACAAAAGCAUCAUUGAAUCAUUGAGCACAGUCAAAUCCCUUAAGAAUUUGAGUCUUUAUAGGAAUCAUAUGGGAGGAUCCUUUCCUGCCAAAGAAUUAUCAACGUUGACAAUCCAAGGUUCGGAAAGCUUGUCAAGAUUGAAAAACCUAGAAACCUUAGAUCUUAGCGGCAAUAGAUUCCACAAAAGCAUCAUUGAGUCAUUGAGCGUAGUCAAAUCCCUUAAGAAUUUCAAUCUUGCUGGGAAUCAUAUAAGAGGAUCCUUUCCUGCCAAAGAAUUAUCAGCUUUUGAAAACUUGGAGAAGUUGGAUUUGGCUGAGAAUCAUUUCGAUGGCCCCCUAACAAUCCAAGUAGGUUUGUCUAAUUCCAGUAUUUCUCCAUAUAUCGGGACACUAUCUUCUUUAAAGGCUAUAUCAUUAGCUUGCAAUUCUCUCAAUGGCACUCUUCCAAAAGAUUUGUGCUCACUCAAGAAGCUUCAAGAGUUAGAUCUUUAUGGUAAUCUCUUUGAAGGGAUCCUUCCAACAUGCCUAAACAAUUUGACAUCUCUUAGAUUGUUAGAUAUAUCUAGGAAUCGAUUCGUUGGAAACAUCUCUCCAUAUCUAAUAGCCAGCCUCACAUCACUUGAGUACAUUGAUCUCAGUUAUAACCAAUUUGAGGGUCUAUUCCAACUCAACAUAUCUAGGAUUGAAUGCAGGUGGAGAAAAUUGUGA